AUGAAACUAUGGUGCAUGCUUGUCAUAUUCCUAAUUUUUACCAUUUCGACAUCAUUUGUGUAUACUGAGGAUUCUCAUGCGACAUUAAAUCUACAAGAUAAUAUUAAUGAAAACCCAUCAAAUACUGACUUAUCAUCAACAACAUUAAUGGAACAAAAGCGAUCUAUUGUCAAACGUUCACAACGCAAUGCGAAUAUUCUCUAUCGAUACUGCCGUCAAUCUGGUCAAGCACGACAAUUUUGUCUUAAAUAUGCUGUUCAAAUGCUGUACGCAACCGGACAUUGA